AUGCCUGAGCCUUCUAAAUCUGCUCCGGCCCCGAAGAAGGGCUCCAAGAAAGCUAUCACUAAGGCGCAGAAGAAGGACGGCAAGAAGCGCAAGCGCAGCCGCAAGGAGAGCUACUCCAUUUACGUAUAUAAGGUGCUGAAGCAGGUGCACCCCGACACGGGCAUCUCGUCCAAGGCCAUGGGCAUCAUGAACUCGUUCGUCAACGACAUCUUCGAGCGCAUCGCGGGCGAGGCGUCGCGCCUGGCGCAUUACAACAAGCGCUCGACCAUCACGUCCAGGGAGAUCCAGACGGCCGUGCGCCUGCUGCUGCCCGGGGAGCUGGCCAAGCACGCCGUGUCCGAGGGCACCAAGGCCGUCACCAAGUACACCAGCUCCAAGUGA